CAUGGUUCCAGACCGGGAUGGUCUUAAGAAAAGGCUUUAGACUUUAGUUAACAGUUCCAUAAUCGCGCGCAAUAUCAGAUAGUAUUAGGUAAUGACGCUUUAUCUGCCUGUCACAGUUUAGAAUAGAAAAACUUGGGCCUCGAUAUCCGAUGGAGAAUCGGAUACCGCCGAUUCACUCCACCCGAUCAGGGCAGUUUAUUGAUCAAAAAACAGUUUAAAGGAAGACGAUAUUUCGUUAUUUCCUGCAAUCCAUCUUCCAACUAACCUUUUGUCUUCUCGUCAAAGACAGUUUUAGUUUUUUUUUCGCCGAGUUUUAAGAACGAAGUAAAACAAUGUCGAAACCAGCAAUCUUAUUGUGUGGUUCCAUAGUCCAUUCACACGAAAUGUGGUCGAGUCUCUCGUCCAUCGCUACAUUGAAGAUACACGACAGUGGUAGUCGAUUAGAAUUUGUCCAGAAGUGCAAGUCCGGAGAGUUCAACGAUGUAAAAGUGAUCGUUCGGACUGCGCCAUCUGUGUUGCUUACUGGACGUUUUGACGAAGAGCUCGUUGCACAACUUCCUCCAUCGGUCAAAUUCAUCUGUCAUUUAGGAGCCGGCUAUGACCAAGUAGACAUCCCACCCUGUACCAAACGAGGCAUUCGCGUAUCUAAUGUGCCACAAGCUGUAGACGACUCUACCGCAGACACUGCAUUAUUCUUAAUGCUUGGUGCAUUGCGCAGAUUCAACCGUGGACUCUUUGCUCUAAGACGAAACGAAUGGAGAGGAGCAGACGUAACGGUGGGCCACGAUCCACAAGGGAAAACCUUGGGCAUUCUUGGCAUGGGUGGCAUCGGUCGCGUAUUGGCAAGACGAGCACGAAGCUUCGACAUGAAAAUCAUUUAUCACAACCGGAAACAACUCCCGCCUAGCGAAGCAGCAGAUGCGGAAUAUGUAUCAUUCGACGAAUUGCUGGCUCGCUCAGACGUCCUUUCCUUGAAUCUGCCAUUGAACCCACACACGCACCAUAUCAUUGGCGAGGAACAGUUUAAAAAGAUGAAAAAGGGCGUCGUCAUCGUCAAUACAGCUCGUGGCGCUGUGAUGGACGAAGAUGCGCUAGUCAAAGCUCUUGACGACGGAACUGUCUUCUCCGCAGGACUUGACGUUUUUGAGCAUGAACCGAAAAUUCAUCCUGGUUUGAUGAACAAUGAACAUGUGAUGCUUCUUCCGCACCUUGGCACAAACAGUAUUGAAACGCAACGAAAAAUGGAAGAACUGUGGCUGAACAAUGGGAAAAACGCCUUGCUUUGCAACAAACUUUUAACUCCUGUUAUCGAACAAAAGCACUUGUAGAACACAGACACAAGUUACCAAAUAUGCCGGAAAUUAGCUUAAACGCCCACCGACUACUUUCUUUUCUUCUUGUGUUUAUUUUUAUGCACCUUUUUCGAUUGCGAAGAAUCCAAUGAAAUUACAUCGUGAGUUAAUUCACUUGAUUUCCGUUUUUUUCCACUUCCACGUGUAGAAGCCGGACUGUUUGUAACUGAACGCGUCUCCCCAUGCUUUUUUCCAGACUUCCCUUCACGCUUUCUGCGUUCACGUUCGGUCGUUUCAUCAUCUUCACUGUCUUCAUCAGAUCCUUUUUUGACAUCAGAACCUUCAGCAUCUGCCCUGGCAGGCUCUAAGGCCUUAUUAAACAAUCCAAAGCUUGCUCUUCCCGAGUAAUUGGGACGAUCGAUGGCCAGAAACGACGAAUAUCCUGACUCAUAUUCAAUGUUUUUGCUCUGUUUCUUUUGAGUAAUAACAUUUACACCAGGUAAAGUCCAAUGCUCAUCAUUUUGGAUGUGUUUUGCCGAAGCCGAUUCAGCUGUAUCGCUUCCGGUGCUCCCUUGAGCCCGUUGCAUAAACUUCAUACUCAUCAACUUUGAAGACAUCUUUUCUUAUGGCCUAGAAAGACGUCCUGUUGAACUUCUAGAGGAAUAUUAGCGCCAGCGCACUGCUAUAGUGUAUGGUCAACUAAAACUUGACACUGCGGUAGUGAGGACUCCACCACAGUACCAGGCUAUGCCGCGGCAAUACACGGAUACUCCGCGGCAACAAUAACAAAAAAAAUAAAACGUGAACAAUUUGGUCGAAUGGGGUGUGGUUAUCGUAUAAGAAACGAGUGAAUACGAAAUAGAACGAACACUUAGACGUUGAAGGGAUUAGAAACCAAAAGCGCCUCGUUGAUGUCCUCAUACGGCGAGACAGGAUAGGCAGCUUGGCUAAGACCCAAGCUUUCUCUAAACAGGAAUUUGUUCUUGACUUCCACGGCUGCAGGAACAGGAUCAACUUGCUCCGCACAUUUUUGUGAAUGGACGUGAACAGAAAGCUUAGCACAAUUCCGUCCGUUGUAGUGAAUGUAGUCUCUAAAGAAAUCACACAAGUCUUGCUUCGUAGCCUUUCCGACCACAUCAAUCUGCUUGUCUAAACGACGGUAAUCAUAAAAUCCAUCGCAAACACGAGACCAAUAUGUUCCACUCUCUUCCCGCAAAUUUGUGGGCUUCUCUAACAUGAAACUGAUAAGACUGGACUUAUGCUCUUCGAUCUCCUGUUCAGGCAUGUUCAACAACUGUUCAUACAAAACGUCUAACAGUGCUCUAAUACGAUGCUCCAAGUAUACGGGACUACGUUCACUUUGAACAAAUAUACUUAAACCAACAUAAGGCGAAGAUUGACGGAGCAGAGUAAAGACAAUAUAUCCUAGUUGCUCCUUCGUACGCAAAAUAGAGAACGUAGGUUCCUUCAUAAUUUGACGCAUGAGACGAGUGUAAGCACCUGCGCGUUGAUCGCCCAGAUCGGCAAUUUGAAUAUAGUACAUGAUACCAGAGUUAAUGUCGUCCUUGUUAGGUACACGAGCAGUAUAACAGUAAUUGCUGCCCUUCGGCAAUACAACGACACGUUUU